AUGAUAUUACAGCUGCGAGGUGCAAGUGAGCUGGAGGUUUCCGCCUUGGAGAAGCUUGACAGAGCACGAGCACGAGCGCUAAUGCGACGUCACCAGGGUGUCCCACGUGGGCGUUUCAGGGCGCUGAUCAUUGAUGAGGUUUGGGAACAAGGCGGAGAAACCCAGGACUUCAAGCAGACAAACGGCACACUGUUUGCAGGCAGUCCCACACCCAGCAGCAUCAACGUCACGCUGUCCACGGUCGCUCUGCCCCACGGAAACCCUCCUCCGCUCUCCCGGGAAGUGACUGGAACUCACGGGCCACCAUUAUUGCCUGCACAAAAGGUCACCUGCAGUGUCAUAUCCACUAACUCUAGGAUUCUAGUUGUCCUUCGGCACCAAGGGCAGCUUUCUCGUCUCUUCCUAUGCCUCUUCCCCAAAGAAGCACUCAUCGUUUCCAUUCUAAAUUUCACAAUAUUUAUAUCGGCCAAUAUUUCACCAGUCACUUCUCCGUUACGCGACGUCCGCAUCUUUCGUAACCUUCCAUUUUGUCACAGUACUUUGACUCUAAUCAAGAUGCAGAUCCUGAUCCUUGCACUUAUAAAGGUAGUCGAUGGCCUUGUCGUGAUGGGACAGCGAAUGCAUGCUUCAUUGAAUUUGAAUUUGAAUUUGGCACUCCUUUCAAAUGAGUUGAAGAAGUAUGCGCUGAUGCCGGCCCCACCAUGUCUUACCAUUCGUGCUGGCAGGACCACCAGGUUAGCCAAUCACUCUGAAGUUACUACAACCAAUGGUCGACUACUAUACAUCCCAAGUUUCAAGUGCAAACCAGUAUCCCUAUUAAGAAAAUACUCGAUUGGAGCAAUGCCGAUUUCGGCUGCCAUUGGAGUCGAAUACAUCAUUAUAGAAAAUUUACCAGGAAUUAGAUUUCACUACAAAUGA